CAGGGAGCCAAGAUGGCCGACUACGAGGAGCCGCUGUCAGAGGAAGAGAAGGUCCGCAUAGCGGCCAACUUUGUGACUCAUGCCCCACCUGGAGAGUUCAAUGAGGUCUUCAAUGAUGUGCGGCUUCUUCUCAAUAAUGACAACCUUCUUAGGGAGGGAGCUUCACACUCCUUUGCCCAGUACAACAUGGAUCAGUUUACUCCUGCCAAAAUAGAGGGAUAUGAAGAACCAGUGCUGAUUACAGAGCAUGGGGACUUGGGUCAGGGACGUUUUCUGGACCCCCGUAACCAUUUAUCAUUCAGCUUCGACCACCUUAGGAAAGAGGUCAGCGACGUGCAGCCCUAUGAAGGAGAAACAGCUAUAAGAAGUUGGAGAGAUGCCUGUGAUACUGCCCUCAGUGCCUAUGUCAAAGAGCAUUAUCCUACUGGAGUCUGUACUGUAUAUGGGAAACUGGUUGAUGGUCAACAAACGAUUAUAGCAUGCAUUGAGGGCCAUCAGUUUCAGCCCAAGAACUUCUGGAAUGGUCGCAGUAGGUCAGAAUGGAAGCUUACCAUUGGUCAGUCCACCGCUCAUGUGGUUGGAGUAUUGAAAAUCCAGGUGCACUAUUAUGAAGAUGGGAAUGUGCAACUGGUUAGUCAUAAGGAGGUCGAAGACUCAAUACCCAUGACUAAUGAAAGCCAAACAGCUAAGGAAUUUGUCGACAUUAUUGAGAAUGCAGAAAAUGAUUACCAGACUGCAAUCAAUGAGAACUACCAGACCAUGUCUGACACCACCUUUAAGGCCCUACGUCGCCAGCUGCCUGUCACACGCACUAAGAUCGACUGGAAUAAGAUCCUGAGUUACAAAAUCGGCAAGGAGAUGCAGAAUGCUUAGAGGAGGAGGGGCAAGGACUGACCUGGGCAAUGCACGCUCCCAUGGGCCCACAACCCAUCUAUACAUGCGCGAGAACUAACCAAAGCAUAACUAUAUCAACAUGGGGCAAGGAAGUAAUUAUAAAAUAUAUAUAUAUAUAUAUAUAUAUAUAUGUAUAUAUAUAUGAAAAAUAAUAAUUAAAGAAAUAGCAAAAUUGAAGAUUUGCACACUGGUUAGGCACAGAUAUCUGUCUGCUGCAAUGAAGGUGCAGUUCUGGAAGGAAUCAUGGCUUGGAGAUAUUGUUUACUUUUGGAUGUGUAUGCUUUUUUUUUCCAGGACAAUGUGUAGGGCUGUGCUCAGGACUGCUACAUAAGUCAAUUUUCUUCCAUGAUAUAAGGGUAACAAACCUUAAAUUCAGGGAAAGAAGUUCAGAUAUCGUUUUUGUCGUUUGUUUUUUUUUUUUUUUUUUAAUGGAACUGAUGCAGAGCUAUGAACAUGUCACUGCUCUCAGUGCACAGGGAAGCACACAAAGCUGCUGAUGCAAGGAAUCAAGCACAUCGUUACAUAACAGGGUUUGACUUUGGUCGGAUGUGAUUUUUGAACGUUUCAUGUCACAGUUGUUACACGUGUGGUGGAACUGGAAAUCAGGUGGAUUAGUAAAAUCACAAAAACAUCAAGAAAAUAAGUUGCCGUCAUCUUUUUAAAAUCUAACAUUUUAAACAAUAGCAAGUAACACACAUUUCCAAUGAAAUUGCUAACAAUCAAGUAUAGCACAGUCCUCAGCAUAGCUCUGUUGCACAUGUACGGGUUUCGGUAUCGCUUGUUCGGUCUGAUGGAGUGUCGACUUGUUUCCCGUUGUGCUCCACUGAUCUACAGUCUCUCCAUGUCUAAAAAGCGAUGAUGACUGAAAUGAGAUAAAGCUCCCUCUGUGCUGCUGCAUCCAUAUUAUCUGUUCUCAUUCUUUGGCAACACCUGCAUUACUGUACAGCUUUUCCUUUGUAAAAAGGAAAACGCAUUCAUAUGAACUACGAUUUAUUUGCCAAAUUCUCUUUCCUAUGGUAAAGACCUCCAUCAUCCCACCCAUGUACGCAAAUUUCUAUUUUAAUACGCUGGAUUUUGUUGAAGUCUUAGAAUGUUGCACUCAUAACUGUAACAAACUGUAUAUUAAUCAAUGCCAAGUGAAUGCAAAGCAGUCAUCAUAUGGCAAGGUUAUGUACUGUAAAUAUGAUGUUCCUCCUGUAGGGUCUUACUCUGUGUUUCCUGAUUCCUGGGUAGGCUGACUCUUCAUCAGUUACUUGUUAGCUAUACUGUGUACAACCCUCACUAUAUGCUACAAAUGUGUGCCGAUCAAUAAUGUUCAAGGCUGUACUGCCCCAUACGUUCAAAUAAAUGAACUAAACAUC